AAACUUGGCUACUCUGUUUCUGAAGGAUUACAUGAAUUUCAUAAAUGAUAGUUUCUGCUAAUAGCCCAACCUGUUUUGGAAACAUAAAAAUCAUCUAUUCAUUGUUCAAGACCACUAGUUACGCAUUUAUUUUUGUUCAAAAUGGUUAACAAUGACAAAGGCGUAAUUAGUUUACGAUUUAACCAAGACCAGGGAUGCUUUACUUGUUGUAUGGAAAGUGCACUGAGAAUAUAUAAUGUCGAACCUCUGACUGAAAAAUCACAUUAUGAUGCAGAUGUCAUUGGAAGUUUGGCAAAAUGUGAAAUGCUCCAUAGAUCUAAUAUAAUAGCGAUGGUUGGUGGGGGUAAAAAGAGUAAAUACCCCGAUAACGUUGUACUGCUGUAUGAUGAUGCAAAUGAUAUUUUCGUUUCGGAAAUUGCCUUUCCUUCAUCUGUCAAAGCAGUCAGAUUAAGGCGCGAUAAAAUAGUAGUUGCUACUAGUACACAAAUCAACGUAUUUUCCUUCCCCGACAAAAUUGAAAGACUGUUUACACUAGAAACACGAAAUAAUCCUAAAGGUCUUUGUGAAAUUACUCCUGUUAUGACUGCCCAUAGACAUUUCCUGGUGUACCCUGGACGCAAAGUCGGAAGCGUACAAAUUUUGGAUUUGGCCAACACUGAAGCCGGUAGAUCCAGUGCUCCUACAACUAUUAAUGCUCACCAAAAUGAAAUAGCUUGUUUGUCAAUUAAUCAACAAGGGAUUCUGGUUGCUACGGCAUCAACUAAAGGAACUUUGAUCCGAGUUUGGGACUUGGCUAAAAGAAUGCUUCUUGUAGAGCUAAGAAGAGGAACAGAUGCUGCAACCGUUUAUUGCAUAAAUUUCAGCCAGGACUCAGACUUCCUUUGUUGUUCAAGUGACAAAGGAACAAUACAUAUUUUCGCUCUCAAAAAUACUCAGUUAAACAGGAGAUCUACAUUUUCUAAUAUGACCUUCCUAGGAACUUACAUUGAAUCCCAAUGGGCUUUGGCAACAUUCACUGUGCCCCCUGAGUGUGCUUGUAUUUGUGCUUUUGGCUCAAGCAAAUCAGUUAUAGCCAUUUGUGUUGAUGGGACUUUCCACAAGUACGUUUUUAAUGCUGAUGGCAACUGUAACCAUGAAAUAGAAGGCUGUUGUUCUUCACCGGUUUACAAGUGGGCUGCCAGUAAGCAGCUUGUCAAACCUAAAAUGACGGUGAAGAAACGUGUCAAUUUUUUGAGUAAAUUAGUCUUCAUAAUUUUAGCAUUCCAAGUUGUAAAAAAUAUAUGUUUUUAAUUUUUUAAAAUUUCACAAAUUUUA